CCACGGUGCGUUAAAAAUAGCCAAAUCUAUUCGAUGUUUUCUCAGUUUUUCCCGAGCUGGCCAACCGAAAAGUUCCGUUCGAGCGUCGGAACGGAUAGAAAAAUUUAGAUUUCGAACAAAAAAUUUUCCAACGCCUCGUCGAAUACAUAUAGAACUUUAUCAUAUGUAUACUAGAUAAUUACUUUCGUUACUUUGUUUUACUUUUGCUGUAAAGUGUCAAGUUUACAACGACUUUUAUUUUAACGAACUAAACAAAAUAGUUAAGCAAAAAAUAAGUUUCCUGUGAAUAAGUGAAAGUCAAUAUAAAAUUGCGAAAUCGACAAAACUCGCGUGUGCGCAGAUAUAUAUAUAUAUAUCGAUAUUUCUGUGUGUAUAUAUGCUUGCCAUAUCAAUUGGAAACGAUCUGUAGAUCUGCAGAACGGUGGAUCACCGGGUUUUCUUUGUGCUCUGACGAAGAAGAGUUUUUCUCUUGGGGAAAAGUCGCAUUAAGGCAGAUCGCAAAUCGUAGAUCGUAAAUAUAACGCUUGCCAGACGACGAGCAGCAGCAUCAUCACCAUCUGAUUUUGCAUUGGUAAACAGUUCCCCACAACUGCAUACCAGAACGCUGUUUCUCGCCUUUGUUCUUCUCGGGGAAAAAUGGGAAAUUCCGAGUCCACCGAGUCUGCAGAUGAGGCGCAGUUGCAGCCCCAGCAGCAGCGGCAGGCAAACGUCGACGACGAGCCCUGGUGGAACGACAUAGAACACGAAAAUCUGAUUCUGGAGCAGGCCCCCCAACCAAUACCUAGAAACCCAGUGGAGGCGGGAUCUUCCUUAGCUUCUAGAGCAGAAAAGGCAGAGAAAUCUUUGGCAAUAGUCUCUGAGGCAGCUCCAGCAAUGGCGGAUGACUGCCCAAAAAAAGAACAAAGCCUGGAGGAAUUCAGGGAGGAGCUGCGACAGAAGAGAGAAGCUCGCCAAACUGCUGUGCAGGAUCUCCGGGAUGAGAUAACAAAUCUUAAGCAGCAAUUGGCCAAAGAAAAGGCCGAGAAUCGCCGACUACGCAAAGAGCAAGGUGUGGAGGAGGAGCUACAGGAUCAGGAUAUCUCACCAAAUCCAGACAUAGAUCCCGAUGACGACAAUCCCACUUCCCGUAGUCGCCAUGCCAAUAUAGAGCUGGCCAAUGCCCAAUUGUCUUUGCAACAGGCUCAGGCCGAAAAUCUUUCGCUGCGUGGAGAGCUGGAAGUGGUCCAACGCCAGGUGGGCACCCUCAAGGAGGUCAUCUCCUGCUGCAAGCAAAUGCUAAGUGUCAAGGAGGAGCAGUGUGCUCAGCUCAAGGUCAAGUUAACUGAAAUAGAAAACUCCUUCAGCGAGCGUGAGAUGAAGAUUAUGUCGAAUAAUCUCCGCCAGGAAUACGAACGUCAAUUGGUUAACAUACGUCAGCUGAGGCAACUUUAUGAAGAACGUCAGCGAGUGGCGGCUGCUGAGUAUGAGAAUCUGCAGCGUUUAAUAUCUAUCAAAAAGGAUGAACUUAUAGCAGAGCAGGAGAAAACCAAAAACUUUGAGGAGCGCAAUCAGACCCUUAUGAAAGAGGUGGAAACAGCCAAUGAAGAGCUGGCCAAGUUGCGUGAGGAAUGCAACGAGCACAAGUUUGAGAAGCGUCUGCUUAGUGAGCAGGUGGGAGCUGUAAACAUGCUCUUCAGCCAGCUCAUCAUGGGCUUCAAUGAGAAAAACAGCCUGGACAUUGAUCGUCUAAAUCAAAUGCUGGAGGAGAACCGUCAGCUACUCAAUCAAAUGACCCAAGCCGAAGGCAGUUGCAGUGAUGGCGCCACGUUGCCCAAGCUGCUCUUUGAGCUCGUAGAACAGGCCACUGGUCAUGGCGACUCCCCCGUGGAAUCGGACAAAAGUCGCAGCGCCACUCCCACGCCCACAAACGAGGACACCACAGACAGUUGUAAACCAGAGGCUGCUGCUGCACUCGUCAGGAGGCACAGGAAGAGGAGCUCGGGUGCGGGGGGCAGUGCGGCUUCGUUAAAAAGCCAUGAGCCCGAAAUUAUGGGAAAAGUUGCUUCGGCCCAAGAAAUCAUUGGCAACUUGCCAAAAGUUUGGAAAGUGUUGAUGGAGCUCUUGAGCCACCACAAAAUCGAGCGCGUGCAGUUCGAGGAGCUGCCAUCCUGCAGUGCAACCUCAACUGGUGUUGCUCCUGUUUCCUCUGCUGCUUCUGGAGCGGACGGAGGGCCAGAGGAUACCCACCGCAAGCCACCGGAGCUGAGCGUCAGCAAGACCUACAUCAAGCUGAAGGACCUCAUCCUGGAGAAGAAGUCUCUGGUGAAGGAGACCAGCCGCUUGAAGACCCUAAACAGCCACCUGGACUACCGCCUCAACGAGCAGCAGAAGCGGUUGAGUGCGGUUAGCUUGGAGCUAACCAAAACCUGGCAUCUGGUGGGCAAAAUGCAGCGCCAGCAUCGCCAGCUCCACACCCAGGAGCAGAUCCUGCGCUACCAAUUGCAGCAGAAGAGGCGACUCUUGAGCGAACUGAAGGACGAGCUGGAAUACUGCCGCAGAAAGUGGGCCUUGGCCAGGGCCAAGAACGAUGAGAGUCAGGAACAGUGCGAUGAGUGGCGGCGAGAGUUUGCCAGGAGGAAACUCGAAGAUGCCAAUCAUUCGGCGGAGAGUGGCUACAGCGAUUCGGGACCUCAGUCCGAUGAGGAACGUGAGGUGGCAACAGCAGCUCCCGUUGAGGCGGGAGCCUCAUCAUCCGCCUGUCGUAGGAAGAUUCUGAGGGAUCAAUUCGAGCAUACGCGCAGGAUUAAGCGCAUGCAAAGCACUUCACCGGGACGACAGGCCGAGGAGAUAGUACUGCGCUGGAAUAGUGCCCCACCCACCUGUGGCUGGCGGGAAGAAGCUGCAGAUCCUGCAGGUGAUGCAAGAGGAGGGGGAGAUAGUGAAGAGCAAGAUCAAGAAGAAGAGGAUGGAGCACGUGGCGGUGUUUACAGGACCCUACACACUUCUAGGAGCAGGCAACGAGCGGAGGAUGAUGCUCCUGGCACCUCAGGAACCGCCAGUCGCAUUCAAAAGCUGGAGGAGCAGUGCAAGAACCUCAUCCAGCAGGUGCUAGAGACCUCCGAUAAUCGUGAACGUCUAGAGAUUCAGUUGUGCCAGUUCCAGGACGAAAUCUCUCCCGCUCAGCAUGCAGUGCCUCUCGAGGAAUUCAUCAAUAAAAAGCGUUUCGAGAGGAUGACCAGAGCCAGUUCGGCCCCUGCAACCGGAAGUCUCACGCCCAGGGAGGAGGAGUACACCAGGAAGCGCUCGGAGCGAUUGGGUCGCCUCGAGGAGGAGUCCCGCCAGCUUAUAUCCAGGAUUAGGCGCACUGCAGACAGGGGACACUAUCUAAAAAAGUCCCUGGACAGGAUUAGAAGGAUACCAAGUCGCGAGGGAAGCUUUGAAAGUAACACCGAAGAAGAAGCGGCGGCAGGAUCAUCUUCCCAGACAUCUGCCUCGCCACUUACCACCAAAGAGGAGGCCUAUACCUCCAGUAGAGCGGCGCGUCUUCGGCGUUUGGAGCAGGAAAGCCAGCAGUUGAUGUCACAGCUUUCCAGAAACAACGAACGCGGCGACAGCUUGGUCACCAAGCUGGACACUCUGCACGAGCAUCAGCAAAGUCGAAAUCCUGGGCAGGAGCAGCCCCAGACCUCGGCCAGCAUCUCGCAGACUCUAGAGCAGCGUUUGGAGGACAUUGAGCGAGUAUCAGACAAUAGAGCCGAGCGUCUCCGUUUGCUAGAGGCGCAGGGCAAUGAAUUGAUAGCUAGGUUGAGCUCCACAUCCCAAAAGGGCACCGCCAUGAUCAACAGGAUAGCGGAACGCGAAGCCAUACGCCGCCAGGAGGCCGAACUUGUGGAGCAAACGCAGCCUUCGGAGGAGGCCACCACAUCCUUGAACUCGGUGGCCUGCACUAGGAUUGUGCCCAAGCCGGAAGAGGAGGCGGAGGUUGAGGGAGCCGCCUGUUGUGCCACUGUGACCACCACCUCGACUCAGUUAGCCAUUCAAAAGCAAUCCACGGGAGCCAUUCCCAAAACAACGACGAUGAUAAAGAGCAGACCGCAGGCCCACCUGUGUGCAGCCUCACGACAGGAUGAUGUGGCCAGGAAGCGAUCAUCUGUCAAGGAAGCUGCCAAGGAACAACAGGAAGCCCCUGAGACUCUAGAGGAUAUGGUGCAGCGACUCAGAGCAUUGCCUUUUCCAGAGGUAAACCAGCAAGUGCAGUCAAUGGAAGUACGGAAGUCAGAGGAACUUGAAGAUACGGAAAAACAGGAGCAGAAGGAAUCUGCUGAAGAGGUAAAGAAUUUUGAGGAAUGUGGAAACAUAGACCUUGAUAUAUCCAAGAAGGAGCAAGAGAACGCUCGAAAGGAACAAGCUGAAGGCCAGCAGAGGGAAGACUCAACACCUGAGGAACGAGAAAAGGAGGAUUUACAGGAGAAGGACCUGAAGGAGGAUGACCUGAAGGCGGAGGACCCUGAGGAGGAGAGCCCGAAGGAGGGCCUGGAUGAGAGAGAGGAACAGGAGGAAAAGAAAACCUUGGACGAAUCACCCUAAAAAUGUUCACUAGACUUAACUACGACUACGAAUACUCGCUGAUAAAACUGCUAGGACCAGUGACCAAACCACAAACAGCUAUUGUUAAUUGUAAUCACUUGCGGUAAAUAAAUAAAUAUAUUUUUUUC